AUGGGGUUUGUUGGUUUCUUAACUUUUGGAUUCACAGAAGCGACGUGUCCGAUUCAACCCAUCACGGUACAUGGCAAUGAAGUUAGCCCUGGUUACCUUGUGGUGAAAGGAUGGGCUUACAUGCUUUCGGAAUGGAAAGGACAUCCGGGUAGCAAUGGGACAACGACGGAUGUCUUGUAUCCACCUAUGAAUGGUGCAGGCAUGGAUGCCUCAUUACUCUUUCCUACCAAGGCUGCCGAAUGUGAUAAUGUGUUUGUUCCACUUCAGGGAGCUCAACCAAAUUAUUUCCCUUGUCAAUUAUUCAACCCCAACAGCACCAUCGUACCCGACGUCUCACAAUACACAAAUAGAUCCAAUUGUCACACCAGUAGUGCCGCUUUAAAUUUAUUUGAUACUUUCACAAAGGAAGGUGUGCCUAAUAGUAAAGGCGGCUACGAUCAAGCUUCCAGAGUCUAUUAUAAUUACGAGGAUGUGAAUUCUACCAGUCAUCUUAUGCUUUAUAAUGGUAAUGUUUUAAAUCUGGGUUUAUUACAAUCGUUACCCAAAGAAUAUUUUAAAACAGUGUCCGGUGGUCUUGUAGAGAAAAUUAUGAACAACCAAAGUGAAUUUGCAGGCAAAGAUAUGACUUAUUUAAUUAAGGCCUACCGUGGAUCUGGUAUCCCAUGGGAGCAAGAGGCCGAUUGCUUAGUCAAGACUAUCCGCGUCGGACAAAUUGAUACGAUCUCCGUAGGUUGUAUGUUUUCAGAAAUCGUCCUGUAUAUCUCCUUGGUGGUUAUUCUAGGUGUCAUUGUUUCAAAAUUUGCCCUGGCCGUGAUAUUUGGAUGGUUUUUAUCAUGGCGAUUAGGUAAUUUUAAAGAAGAAACCUCUUACGCCGCUAGAAUGAAACGUGAAGAACAAAUUGAGAACUGGGCUCAAGAUAUUAACGAUAAUGGUCCGGCGGCUAUCGUACCCCCUCCUCCUCAAACAAAGACACAAAAACGUCGAACAUAUUUACCAAAGACUUCAAGAUUUACGCCUUUAGAACAUGGAUCCACUCGAUUUGAUCUAGACAAACCUCCUAUGCCCGCCUGGAAAAAUAAUAGUAACGGGAGUCGACCUAAUUCAUUCAUGUCAUCAUCUACACCCUCGUUUUUAAAUACACCUAAUUUACGUGGUUCCACUGCAUCCUUUUCAAACCAACACGGUCUUACCCAAGGUGUCUCAUCCUUUUCUUGGGAUGGGCGUAGUAGUGAUUCUGGAAGCGUUGGACCUAACGGAAAUGGACCUAACGGUGUAGGACCUCCUUGUCCUUAUCCUUUAUCGCCCUUUGCUGUACCUCAACCUGCACCUGAUUAUAUGCCAUUUAAUUACCCAUUAGCCCAUACUAUCUGUUUAGUGACCUGUUAUUCCGAAGGAGAAGAAGGUAUUCGAAUCACGCUGGAUUCAAUCUGUGUCAGUGAUUAUCCCAAGAGUCAUACGCUUUUACUAGUGAUUUGUGAUGGAUUAAUUACGGGUAGUGGAGAAAGUAUGUCUACACCCGAUGUGUGUGUUGGCAUGAUGCGUGAUUUAAUCGUACCAGCGGAUCAAGUGAAAGCACAACCCUAUGUUGCCAUUGCUGAUGGAUCCAGACGAAAUAAUUGUGCCAAAGUGUAUGCGGGUUUUUACAAGUAUAACAAUGAUACCGUUCCUAUUGAACAACAAUCGCGUGUACCCAUGAUUACCAUUGUAAAAUGUGGUGGACCCGAAGAAGAAGGAGCAGCGAAACCAGGUAAUCGUGGUAAACGAGACUCUCAAAUUAUCUUGAUGCAGUUUUUGCAAAAGGUGAUGUUUGAUGAACGUAUGACUAUGAUGGAAUAUGAAUUCUUUAAUUCGAUAUGGAGAAUCACAGGUGUUCCCGCUGAUAAUUUUGAGAUUUGUUUAAUGGUGGAUGCUGAUACGAAAUUAUACCCAGAUGCGCUCUCCAGAUUAAUUUCGGCUGCUGUAAAAGACCCCGAAAUUUCGGGUCUGUGUGGUGAGACCAAGAUUGCUAACAAGACAGAUAGUUGGGUGAGUAUGAUUCAAGUGUUCGAAUACUACAUCUCGCAUCAUCAAUCUAAGGCAUUUGAAUCGAUCUUUGGUGGUGUGACUUGUUUACCCGGUUGUUUCUGUAUGUAUCGUAUCAAAGCACCCAAAGGUCCCAAUGGCUACUGGGUUCCCAUCUUGGCCAAUCCCGAUAUCGUUGAACAUUAUUCGGAAAAUGUCGUGGAUACUUUACAUCGUAAAAAUCUCUUAUUGCUCGGUGAAGAUCGUUAUUUAACCACCUUGAUGUUACGUACUUUCCCCAACCGUAAAAUGAUGUUUGUACCUCAAGCAGUAUGUAAAACUGUUGUCCCCGAUACCUUCAAAGUCUUGCUUUCUCAACGUCGUCGUUGGAUCAAUUCAACCAUUCAUAAUCUAUUCGAGUUAUUGAUGGUGAAUGAUUUGUGUGGUACCUUCUGUUUCUCGAUGCAGUUUGUUGUGUUUAUGGAACUGGUGGGUACACUGGCUUUACCUGCCGCUAUUUCAUUUACAUUGUACCUUAUUAUUAUUGCAAUUAUGGGACACCCCGCUCUCUUACCCUUGAUCUUAUUGGCUUUAAUUCUUGGUUUGCCUGCAGUUUUGAUUGUUAUGACCAGCCGAAAGGUGGUGUAUAUUGGUUGGAUGUUAAUUUAUUUAAUCAGUUUACCCAUCUGGAAUUUCGUGCUUCCUACCUACGCUUAUUGGCAUUUCGAUGAUUUCUCUUGGGGUGAUACACGUAAAGUUGAGGGUGUCAAGAAGGAUACGGGUCAUGGUGAUGAAAGUGGAGAAUUUGACAGUAGUGUGAUCACGAUGAAGAAAUGGAGUGAAUAUGAAAUGGAACGUCGUACACGUUUUGCACAAUCCCAUAAUUUACCUACACCGAGAUUUGCUCGACAUAGUCCUGGCGUCGAUGUGUUUAGAGAUGAGGAAUACAACAACCGAUAUAGUUAUCUAUCUAACGAGAGUGCAAAUGCGCCCUUGACGCGUACAACAGAGUACAGUGGAGGAGGGACAGCUGGACAGUAUCAAUCAACGAGAGGAGGCGAAAACUCAUCGUCCUCCGCACCACUUGGUGUUAUACCCGAUACAAUCACACGAGGACAUCAUGGAUUUGAAGUGGAUGAAAUAGUGAAUGCAAGUGAUGUUCAACCCGAUACAGCAUCCGAAACGCAUGAAUUGGGUUGGAUACAACAAAGCACACAUGAUAAUAAUUGGGCUGAUCCUGCUCCUCAUCAUAGUCAUGCUAAAAAAGAUGAAGACAAUAAAUCCAUCGCUUCAUUGUAA